AUGUGCACCGAAAACGGGCUGGGUGGUUCGGUGGCCUCCGAGACAAUGCCCGACGCCAUGUGGCACUGCCACCUCAUGAGAGGUCGAGUGGCAUGGACCUGUCUCAACCCCGCUACUCACUUGAACAUUCACUCAUCAAGAAAAGUCAAAUUUAAUGCAGUCCUUGUUGUGGCGGAUGACUGGGUCAUCAGAACUGUUGCUAGAUCCAAUGUUCGAAUUCCAACAAAUUGGAAUACCUGCAAAGAGAGGAUUCAGGUCAGCUUCGAACGCCAGUAG